CUCUCUCUCUCUCUCUCUCUCUCACACACACACACACACAUUUGUUACGAUGACUUCCUGUGGAGAGAUUGCUACAUCUUUAAAACGAAAGAAAGAAAGAAGGGGAAGAAAAAAAGGAGAGCUCUAUUACAUGUCAUUCACAUGUUUGUUUGUUUUAUUGAUAGAUCUUCCUUCUCUUUUACUUGUUUGCUGUUUCAUCAAUUUGUUUCUCAUGGCCCAUCAAUGCCUUUAUUUAUGCUUGUUUCCUUUUCAGAGUUCCUACUUGUGAUUUUGCUCCAUUCUGAUUUUGUUCUGUUGUUGUGGAAUGUAUUCUUAUUGUGGAAGCAUUAGAAGAAGACAAUCACAUUAUGGAUCUCAUAAAUUCAAUAAACACAUGUAAGAUUGAUGUUUAAAUCUUGCACGAAUUUGCACUUUCUCAGCUACUUCUUCCAUUUGUUGUAUUUAAAAAAAAUUAUUAGAAAAGCUAUUGAGAGCAAAAGAAGCCAUAUUCCUAGGAAUUAUGCUUUUUGCAUGGAGAAAAUUUAUCCAUUCCUGGGAGUCAUGCUCUUUUUUUUGCUGUUGAUAUGCCUUGUUUUAAUCCUUGAGUUUCUCAGUGGAUAGUGAUGUAGAUUUACAUUCUUUGGGUCAAAUUUUGGCAUCUUCAGCAAUUGUACUCUGACACUGUUUUGUUCUUUUAUUUCUCUGGUGGGUGGCUUCCUGUUACUUUUAGAAUGAUAUUCAGAUGAGUCAAGUGCAUUUGAUAUUUGCAUGCUCAGCAUUGAAAUUACAUUUACAGAUGGACUUGGUUCUUUGGUUGGUGCAUCUGUCUGGCAAGAAGCUCCAUCAGAUUCAGAUGAUGGUUUGAAUUCUUCAGAUUCUGAGGAUACAUUGGCAUCAUCAGAUGCCAAUUCCCAUAACAGUGUUCCAAACAGCCCUAUUGCGGAGAGUGAGGCUGUUGGGAGUAACAUAGAAGUUUCAGUUAGCAAAGAGGAUAAUCUAUCAACUACUGGAAAAGAGCAUGUAGCUGAGGCAGUCACUGAAUCAGAGAUAAAAGUGAACAAGGAAGCUCCAUUUAAAAAUGACAGAUUAUCCCAUAUUGCUCCUCCUGGUCUUGAUGAGUUUAAAAGUAAAGCAGUCACUGCAAAAGAGAAGCCCAUUUCAGCACAAGCAGGCAGUGUCAUUCACAGAGUGGAACCUGGCGGGAAGGAGUACAAUUAUGCUUCUGCUACUAAGGGUGCUAAGGUCUUAGCUUUUAAUAAGGAAGCAAAAGGUGCUUCCAGCAUCCUAGACAAAGAUAAGGACAGGUACCUCCGAAAUCCAUGCUCUGCUGAGGAGAAAUAUGUUGUUAUAGAGCUUUCAGAAGAAACUUUAGUAGAUACUAUCGAGAUAGCAAAUUUUGAGCACCACUCUUCUAACAUAAAAGAUUUUGAACUGCUGAGCAGUUUAGUUUAUCCAACAGACAACUGGAGCGAUCUUGGAAAUUUUACUGCUGCAAACAUGAAACAUGCCCAAAGGUUUACUCUUCCAGAGCCAAAGUGGGCAAGGUAUCUUAAACUCAAUUUGCUCAGCCAUUAUGGUUCAGAAUUCUACUGUACACUAAGUGUGGUGGAGGUUUAUGGGGUGGAUGCUGUUGAGAGGAUGCUGGAGGAUUUGAUCACCGUUGAGAAUAAACGAUUGGAACCUGAAGAACAUAAGGUUGAACAAAAACCACUGCAAGAACCAACUUAUACAGGUGAUACCUAUCAGAAGCCUGUUACAGAAACUGAUGAUGAAACAAAACCUGAAAAUCCAAAGACAAAACAUGACUCGUCAAAAAACAGUGUGCCCAAUCCAGUUGCAGAGACAAGGCCAACACAAGUAGGAAGGAUACCUGGAGAUGUUGUUCUCAAGGUACUAAUGCAGAAAGUCCAGUCUCUUGAUGUGAAUUUUUCUGUUUUGGAGCGGUAUCUGGAGGAGUUGAACAGCAGAUAUGGGCACAUAUUCAAAGACUUUGAUGAUGAUAUUACUGCAAAGGAUCUGCUUCUGGAGAAAAUAAAAUUAGAGAUGAAGAAUCUUCAAAAGACCAAUGAUAUUUUUGCCAGUAAUAUUGGAGAGCUGCUGUCAUGGAAAAUCCUCGUUUCCUUGCAAUUGGACCGGUUGGUCGAAGAUAAUACAAUACUCAGAUCGGAGAUUAAAAGGGUUCAAGACCAUCAGUUUGACGUGGAGAACAGGGGUCUUGCGGUGAUAUUUAUAAGUUUAGUCUUCGGGUGUUUAGCAGCUACAAGGCUGGUUAUCAGUAUUCUCAUGAUCUUCUGUAAAUUACAUAAUUCUGAAAAGUUUUGUAGCACAAACUCUGCUUGGCUCACGUUGCUGCUGAGCAGUGGCAUUGUAGCUUCCAUCCUGGUGUUAUGACACUUGUAUGCACUCAGUUUUCCUAUAUUUGCGGCAAAGAAUUGACAGAAUUAUGAGGUUUCCACA